CUCUGUCUCAAGUCCAAGAGCUGCUAUCUAGGCAGCAUGUUUGAGCUCAGUUGACCCAAACGCGUCUAUGUUCCCGAAGCGCUCUCUCAGUAGGCAGCUCACUAGAAUAGAGGACACAGCCUGUGGGUUUUCUCCGGGACUUACCACACGCCCAGCAGUCUCUCAUUAGACCACAUGCAGGAUAAAGAUGGCUUGAGGCGCAGACAGACUGGGCUGCUGAAAACUUUUCACCGCUCUUCAGGGCUCGAGGGAGGAAGAAAGCCUCAGGAAGAUCAAGCUGAAGGCAUUUUGAAGAUGAACAUUCAGUCAGCAAUCAGCCGUGAGAUCUUUGUCCCAAGAGGUGAAAAGUUACUGGUAGCCAUUGAGGUGAGGAGAAGGGCGAAGAGGAAGGGACUGUCGUUUCUCAAUGCAGGCCGCAAGAAGGACUACUUAACUUUCCUCUGCUUGUCAGUUACUAACAGUAGACCAGCUCAAGUCCUCAUCACCAAAGUUAAGAGGUAUCAGGGCACACGACAGUUCGCUAAAAGGUCUCAGUGGUCUGUGGAGCAGCUUCGCCAGGUCAAUGGCAUCAACCCUGAUAAGGACACUCCUGAGUUCGACCUAGUGUUCGAUCGCACCACUGAUCAAUGGGUGGCCAGCUCAGCUGCAGAGAAAUGCAUGUUUGUGCAAGUUCUGUACCAUGCUUGUCAGAACUACUGGGAGGCAAAGCGUGGCCAAGACAACCCAGCGUCCCCUGGAGAACAGAAGAUACCAGGAGCUCCGGAGAACAAGAAGAGCCCUGUUGCUCCAAACCAAACUAACUUUGUCAACUGUCAGCAAAAGCUGAUGGGAGAUGCUUGUUCUGUUAAUAUGGUCAUCUACCGCUGCAAGAUUUUUUUGAAUAGAAUGAAGAACAGUAUGACUGCAAACCAGGGUCGGCUUCAGCGUGAAGCACCAGCUGUUAAAGCAUCUAGGAGCAGAAGAAGCCCGUCCCCUCCGGCGGUGAGGAAGAUGGGGAAUGUAAUGCGGAGGGCCAGUCAGGUUCUGAGUGAACGUGGGGAGCGUCUAAUGAAGGCUGAUGACAAGACAAGCCACAUGUUCCACGGAGCCAAGCAGUUUGCAGAAGCUGCUCAGAAGAUGGCUCUGAAGCAGAUUUAGAGGUGUUCUGGAUGGCCCGCGAAUAAACCUUUUGAAACUUAACUUUUAAUCAACCGGUUGCUGGAUAUUUUGAAAUGCAGCUUUACAUCUAACUCAGAUUGUGAUUUUGAGUGUACGGCAGAUUUUGUUGCAUCAGUUUUCUCCUCACCUGCAGACUGGACUCUUUAUUUAUUUAAUUUUGUUUUUGCAAGCCACUGAGCAAUUCAAGCAGUUGUGAUGUGGUGUGUCAUGCUGUUCUGUCAGAUCUGUUCAUUUUCCUGAGCAGUGGCUGUAAUUCCAUGAGAUGAUUGAAUUUUUUUUUUUUUUUUUUUUUUUUUUUGUGGUGGCAGGAGUCUUAAAGGGAUAGUUCACCCCAAAAAAUGAAAAUUCUGUCAUCAUUUACUCACCCUCAAGUUGUUGAACAGAAGAAGAAUGAUGGUAACUAAACAGUUGCUGAAAAAGAAAACACUAUGGAAGUGAAUGGGGACCAGAAACUGUUUGGUCACCAACAUUCUUCAAAAUGUCUUCAUUUGUAUUCAACAGAACAAAGAAACGCAUACAUGUUUAACCUGAGGGUGAGUAAAUGACAGAAUUUUCAUUUUUGGUUGAACUAUCCAUUUAAGAUCUCCUUUAAGGUAAUACACUGCAUCGAAAUGAAAGGAGAAUUGCUGCACCUCAUUUGACUAAUGAUUUCAAAUCUCUUUUUAGUUUUGGCUAAGUGAAUACAUUUUUAUUCUGCAAGCUAUACACUAAUAGUACCAUUUCAUAUUGUAAUCUCGCUGAAGUCAUUGAACUAUGAGCUUAAGGUGUUUUUUUUCUUUUUUUCUUUUUUUUUUUUACUUUUGUAUCUACACAGUGUGAAUCUCUCUCACAUAGAUUGCCAUUUAUAAGGUUAAGGUUCACUUUUGGUAAUGUGUACUAAUUUAAUGCAGGUUUAGCACUUUAUUUCUUUUCUGAACCUUUAAUGACUUUGUAGUUUAAUUUUUAUUCUUUUUCAGCACUGAAAGUAUAACUGCAUUACUAUGUUUAAUAUUUUACAUAUUUAAUGGAGUUUCAGACAGAUUCUUACAGAUGAUAUUGGUUACUUUAACAGAGGUAUGUUACUUCAAUAUUUGUGCAACAGCAGUUAUGUGUAUAAUAACACAUUCAGAUGAUAUACCCAUGAAUGACGGUACCUUCCCUCUGAUGUUCAGAUCAUUCUGAUCACAUGAGGAGGCUGCUUUUAUCUGCAUUUUAGAUUUAAGUUCAGUUGCAAGCUGUUUUAUAAUUACAGCUAUUCAUUAUGAAAACAAUGUAUAUCCAUUUGAAUGUGAAUGUGUGUGGAUAACACAUUUUUUGUUCUUCUGUCUUGGUCUCCUAAUUCUGUGUAAUGUGAUAACAGUCAGUCCGCCUUGUUUGUUUGUGAUUGUGAUCAUCAGAAGCAGGAGCAACAUGUCAUGAGAAGCCAGAGGGUGUUUUCCGCAUGGAGUCGGAUACCCUGCAUGUGUGAUGCUUCCUGCUUUCUGCUGUUCUCCUUAUGCUGUCUUCGAUUUUUAUAUUCCAUAAUAUUUGUGUGUAACAGAGAAUUCUAUAUGUCCUGGUCUUUGACUGUGCUCUUGUCCGUAUUUAAAAACAUGUUAAAUAUGUAAACGCCCAUCAUUUGAGCAAUAAAUGAAAUGGGACCAACUUG